UAUUUAAUUAAUGCAGAUACCAAAAUCUCAAAUAGUCCCAACGCUCACAAAUACUCUCUCACUCGCAUAAAAAUCCCACCUCAAACUCUCUCCUUCUCUCUCUCAAAUUUCCUCUAUCAGAUCUUCAAAUUUCAGCAUAUAACAGGAGAGAAGAAGAAGAAUCGAACUUACCCACUAAAAAUUUAGACACAAACCUAUAGAUAUAUAUAUAUAUAUAUAUGUAUAUGUAUAUAUAGUUUUAUACAUAUAAGUAAAUGAGGUGUAAGAAACACCUGCUGGACCUGAGUAGCAGCGUCGGCGUCUGUGCUACUUGUCUGCGGGAACGCCUCGUCGCUCUUAUAGCUGCCCAGGACCAAGUUCAAGCUCAAGUCCAAGCCCAGGCCCAGGCCUGGCAGGCCCAAGAAGAUCGCCGGAAAUCUGACGCGCUUCCGCCGCCGCUUAUCUUCCCUCGCUCCGUCUCGCCUUAUGUUAGUCGCCGGAAAUCUGACUACACUGCCUGGAACCACCACCUCCACAACAACAGCGUCACGGAUCAGCGGUUCUACAGUACUCCGCAAGUGGGGCCCAAUGGUUCAAUCGUCACCGCGAGCUCGUACCACAAGAAGCAGAGCAAAUUCUCUCUCUUCGCGAAUCUGUUCAGAUCCAAAUCGGAGGUGACGGAUUCGGAUUCUCGGGACGCGUGCGCGGCGACGCUGUCCUCGUCGUCUUCGCCGUCGUGGUUUUCGAGUAUUCUCCCAGGCCGCCGGAAGAAGCAAUCGCAGACGUUUGUCAACGAAUCGACGGUCUCCGGAGGUCGGAGGAGUUGCCGGAAUCGAGAUCGGGGAAUGUCGCCGGUGGGGUAUGUGGAGGACGUGGAAGACGAGGAAUGCUACGGAGGAUCGAGCGGGUACUCUUCGGAGUCGUCUCAGGGAUGGAGGCAGACACCGAGGAGGGCGGGGGCGGCGGCUGCACGCCGAGGCGGAGGAGGAGGAGGACGGCAGACUCACAGUCGGACCGUGUCGGGAAUGGCAUUUUGUUUGAGUCCGUUAGUGCGUGCCAGCCCUCACCGGCAGUGGAAUAGUCAGAAGGUAAUGACGCCGGAUAUGGGGUGUUCAGGGGAGAUUAGGGUUCCGAUGAAGCCCCACCUGUCGACGGCGGCGUCGAACCGUGCGAACAGAUCUAGGAAGCUUGUGGAUUUCGGGAGAUUAAAUCAUAAUUGAUGGGGACGACGAUGGUUGACGAAUGACGAUGAUGUCAAAGUACGGUUUUUACCCUUGUAAUUUUGGAUUUUUACUAUAUUAGUCUCUUUAAUUCUCUGUAAACACUCCUAUUUAAUACGAGAAAUAAACACAUAUUUUUGUUUUUAUUUA